CAGUGUUCUUGCCUGGAGAAUCCCAGGGACAGAGGAGCCUGGUAGGAGGCCAUCUAUAGGGUUGCACAGAGUCGGACACGACUGAAGCAACUUAGCAGCAAGAAUUAACUAAAGGGAGUAUUCUGAAGUAAUAGUCUUUUAUUAGAUCAAGCAGUUAUUGACAUUGUAAGAUUGUGAAAAGAGUAAGGAGGUGACCUUGACAAUUUUCAUAUAUUCACACACAGAAUGUUUCUGUGAUUUAAAACCCAUUUGUAAUUUUUUUUUUACACAUAUUUACUUUUAACCAACAUAGACUCAUUCUAGAAUUCUAGUGUCUUAUUGGUAGAGCUUUCAUCAUCUAACAUAUAGGUAAGAGAGUUUAAAUUGCAGAAUAAUUAUUGUAGGGAGUUCAGUUAGUAUAUAUAUUUAGAGUUGCUUUUUAAAAAUUUGGCAUAUUAAUAGCCUUAGCGACAUAAAUGUCAAAAAGAAUUUUGGAGUAAAUUACCAGUUACUCAGUGUUUUCUGGACAAAAGACUAGAUAUUUAGGGAAAGAUACAUUAAUUUAGACUUUUGUGAUUUAUUUUUUAAUCUAUAGCAUUUGCUGUUUUAAUAUGAAAUGCAUAAAAAUGAUGACUCUUGAUGUAGUUAAUUCUUCAGAGUUUUGAAGGAGCUGGAUUGGCUGCUAUCAGGUAUGAGGGCCUGGUGGGAACAGACUUCUAGUUCUGCCAUAAAGGUUUGUGUUUCACAAAUUCUGAAUCAAUUUAAAUUUUAAAAUUUAGAGACUGGGCAUAUAGAUAGUCAUGUACAUUUUAAAUUAUUUAAUUAUUAAAAAUGUGUUUCUCAGAUUCGCCAAUCUAUAUUUUUUUCCCUUUACGUAUUACUGAAGGAUUGAGUAAACAUGAUGCUGCUAAUCCACAAUCCAGAAUAUUGGGUAAAAGAAUGUCUCUGAAACCUCCUUUCCUGUCUCUACAUUAUACACACUUUUAAUACUGUCAUUUAUAAUAUCUUUAGUCUGGUAAGACCCUGGACUGGGAGUAGGGGAAAGAGGGCUUCCUUCCUCACAAUGUCUCUCCUCUCCAGAGGGCCAGGUGUCACAGUCUGGAGGUGUAGUUGAAUAUCAGCAGUCUGAAAUUUGUAUUUUAAACCAUUUUUAAAAAACAUAUGUUUUUAUCCCACUAGAAAGUUUCUUAGUAGUUUGAGAUUCAAUAUGUGAAUGUAUAAAAGUUUUAAAGUACAGACUUCCUGAAGAAUAUUGUAGGUUUUUGGUAAUUAAGACAGAGGCCAUUUUUCUAACAAAGUUAUCCACAUGAACUUAUUAUAUUUUUUGGCAAAAUAAGGAGUUGUUCAAGGAGUAGGUAAAAAAUUCAAGUUGUGAAAGGAUUCUUUUUGUUGUUUCUUGAAUCCUAUAGUGUAGGUUAUAAGACACUAAAAUAUAUUAGUAGGAAUUACUAAGAAGAACUAAAACAGUCACAUUAGAAUUUAGGGGUUUUAAAGAUAUAUGGCAGGUAUUUUUCUUAAAUAACAGCUUUAUUAAGAUAUUGUUGUAAACUGAAAGGUGAAUUGAACUUGGUUAUUCCAUAUGAUCAAUUCCUACUUUUCCUAGAAAACUGGACCACUUCCAAAAGGAAUUCAGUUACAAACAUGUUGCCAAGUAGGAUUCUGUCUUUUAAAAUUCCAUAUAAAUACAUAUAUUUAUACAUAUAGAAAUAUGUGUGUAUGGACCUAUGUAUAGAUGUUUACUAACAUCUGCAUUAUUAGAAUGAAAAAAGCAUCAGCAGACUUGAACCGUAAUGGUUAAUUCAGAAACAAUUACCAAUUUGGGAGACUGUCCAUAUUGUAAAUUUUCAUUGACAAAAAGUACACAUGGCUUAUUAAUGAUUUAUUCCCUAAAUGUUUACCUUUUUGUUCUUUUAAUUUCUAGCAGCUUUUAUAAAUAUUGUGAUUUAUUCAUUUUCUGAUAGAAUAAGCACAUUUUUGUGUCACCCGAGUUUUAGAAAUAGCAUUUUGAAACUGCACAGAUUCUCAACCAUUCAUAGAGAAAAUACAUAUAUCAAAUAGACACAGUUUCUUUUUUCCCUGUGUUUUGUAGAAUUUCACAUUAAUAAGUUAAUGUACAGAAGCGGGCUUACUUUUUUAUGUUACCAAUAAGAUUGAUAAUAAGCAAAAGGUACUACCAUAACCGUUUUAUAAUAAUUAGUUAUAUAAAUAAUAGUAAUCAAGUUAUAUAAAGACACUCCAACUGUACUAGAGUGAGGGGAAUUGAUAAGGGUAGAAUAUAACAAGAGACUUCACCUAUUUCUGUGACAUUAUUUUUCUUUUCCUAUAUGUGAAAUACAGUAAAAUUAGCUUGAGCUUUGGAAUCAUAAAGAACUAAUAUGAAUCUGAUUGCUUUCUUAUCAUUUCUAUCAUAUAGACAGAAUCUUGUGGAAAUUGAGUAAAUUUUUCAUAUUACCCCUGUAACUGGACAGUAAUAACAACUUUUUUAAGGCUAUUAAGAAGAUAGAUACUUAAUGUUGCUUGAUGAUUAAUAAUGUUUAGAUGAACAUUGAUCUCCCUCCCACAUGGAUUUCUCCUUUCAUUUGUUAGUAAGGUUUUUAAAAAUUGAUCUUAUUUUUAUAAAAACAAGUUUUUAAGCUUUGUUUUGUUUCUUUCUUUCCAUUCUCACUCUGCUUUUUACAUUAUUUUGAAGUUUUGUGUAUCAGACAACACAUGGGCUGUGGGAUUUCCUCUCUGAGUUAGUCUUUAAUGUUGACACUCUCUCAAGUCUUUAAUGUUGACACUCUCUCACUAGGAACCUUUGUAAAUAAAAAAACAUGGAUGAAGGAUUAUGAAUCAUAGGGAGAACAGACAUUUCCCAGUGAGAUGAUUCUGCAGAUUUGACUGAUUAAGUAUUCUUCCUAGAAUGCUCUUCCCACUUUUUAAAAAAUUAAAUAAUAAAGUUGGGUGAUCGAUUAUCAUAACUUUUUAGUAGAGCAAUUUAUUGCUUUUGGUUUUUGUCUAGAUGUUUUAUUUUAUCUACAGUUGGAUCUAAUAUACACUCUAAUCCAGAUCCAGUUGUAAAACCAUUCUGAAUAAUAAAGUUAGAAGAUUUUAAUGAUACAAAAACUAUUUUUUUUUCCUUUUUUUGGUCACUUCUAAAAAAAGAAGUGUGAAGACAUUGGACUGGUGUUGGCCGGAGUGCCUUUAUUAUUUAAUCUAAAUUGUUUUAAAAUGCAUUAUAUGAUAAAGCAUUGAAGUGACCUUCAAAUAGCAUCCCUCAGAACUGCUUUUUCUCUCUAGUCCUUAAGUUAAUGUGAUGGUAAUCUCUUUUUGUCUUCAAGUAAACAUUACCUUUCAGGUAGUAUAAUUGCUGUCUAUUUUUUUUAAACCUGUUCUUCCUGGGGUCUUUGACAACAACAAAUACAGUUGUCAGCUAGUAUAGUUAUUCCCUAUUGUGUUUAAAUUAUUUGAGGGUGAGGAUAAUAUCAACGAUUGAUGCUACCUAGUAGUAUUUAAAUCACUGGAUGAUAGAAGGCAUCUUUCUCUUCCGAGAAGAUUUAAAAAAUAAAUUGUAUAAUGUGUACUCAGUGCCUGUUUUACCCUGUGCUUAUAUACUUAGGAUUGAAUAGGACAAAAUACAUAUUUUAAAAACAUUGCUCUAAGUGUCAGGACACUUGCAAAUGUUGUAAGCAUUUUAUUUUUCAAUAAACAUUAUUUAAUAAAUAUUAUGUGAAUAUAUUUAUUAAUGGCACUCAGACAAGGUAAAAAUAAUUAUUUUAGUGGGAGAGUAGUUAAUUGUAUAGUAUUAGAAUUCUGACUGGCAAUUUGAUGAACUGGAGGAGAAAAGGAUGGUCUGUAGUAAAUCAGUAACAAACCUUUCAGUUUCAGCAGUAGAGCUAAUUUUUUUACAAAAUAGAGCCACUGGGAUCAAGCAUUUUAUGCACAGCAGCAUAUCUAAUUUAAAAGUGUAAAUUAGAACUUCUCUGGCAGUUCAGUGGUAAGACGCCAAGCUUCCAGUGCAGAGACAUGGGUUCGAUCCCUAGUUUGGAACUAAGAUUCCACAUGCUGUGUAGUACAGGCAAAAAUUUUUUUAAAUUAAAAAAAAUUUUUUUUAAGUGUACGUUAGUAACUUUGUCGGGGAGGGGUAUGAAGAAGUGUUUGGAAGCUGGCCUGAGAAAUGAACAUACUCUUUUGCUGUAAAUUUUUUUUUCCUGCUUUUGUGUAUUUGUCAGAACAUAACAUUUUCUACUCUUUAAGGAAAUUUGGGUAAGGGAACAGUUUAAAAACACUUAAAACAUUCUGGCUUAUGGAUUAGAUUGCAUUAGUAAACAAAAGAGCAAAUUGGUGAAUAUGAGUUAACAAAAAUUUUGAAUAAGAAAUUUCUCCAUAUGCAUUUAUUUGGGUAUUAAUAAUUUAAUUUUUAAAAGUUUGUUUUAAAACAUUGCUUAUUGUAACAUAUAAACUUAUGUUGGGUGGGAAAAGUACAAAUGAGAAAUUGAAACUGCUUUAAACAUGUAAAUUAAAUGGUAGACACUAUGAUUUUUGGGUUUUGGGUUUUUUUUCUGUUUUGUUUUCACUUUUGUUUUUUGGUAAAGUAAUCUGGAUUGCUUAUUUUAUAUGCUGGGAUGCUAGUUGUUUUUUCUAUUAAUACACUUAACUUGCAUUCUAGCUUCGCCAUUCAGAGACAGGCAUCGUGUGGUGGGUUGUGUGACAGUGUCUGUCAAUAGUGAAGACAAAUAGUGCCAGAGACACUUAACCCAUCCAAUCUCACCCAGGGUAUAGGAUUUGCCUCUGAAGCAGGGAGUGUCUGCAUUAAAAAUGACCUGUAGUUCUCUGCUUCAUAGAUGCUUCUUCAGCUCCCUCCUCUUCCUCCAUGGGCGGUGCUUGCAGCUCCUUUACCACCUCUUCCAGCCCUACCAUUUAUUCUACCUCAGUCACCGACAGCAAGGCUAUGCAAGUCGAGAGCUGCUCCUCAGCCUUGGGGGUAAGUAACCGAGGGGUAAGUGAAAAGCAGUUAACCAGUAACACAGUUCAGCAGCAUCCAUCAACACCGAAGAGGCACACAGUCUUGUACAUCUCACCACCACCUGAGGACUUGCUGGAUAACAGUCGGAUGUCCUGCCAGGAUGAGGGGUGUGGAUUGGAAUCUGAGCAGAGCUGCAGUAUGUGGAUGGAGGAUUCCCCCUCCAACUUCAGUAACAUGAGCACCAGUUCCUACAAUGAUAACACUGAGGUACCUCGUAAAUCACGAAAACGAAAUCCAAAGCAGAGGCCGGGGGUCAAACGACGAGAUUGUGAAGAAUCUAAUAUGGAUAUAUUUGAUGCCGACAGUGCCAAAGCACCUCACUAUGUGCUUUCUCAGCUUACCACGGACAACAAAGGCAGCUCAAAAGCAGGAAAUGGAACAUUGGAAAACCAAAAAGGAACUGGGGUAAAGAAGAGCCCUAUGUUAUGCGGACAGUAUCCUGUUAAAAGUGAGGGAAAGGAGCUGAAGAUAGUUGUACAACCUGAGACCCAGCACAGAGCUCGGUACUUGACUGAGGGUAGUCGUGGCUCAGUAAAGGACAGAACACAGCAAGGCUUUCCUACAGUGAAGCUGGAAGGCCAUAAUGAGCCAGUGGUGUUGCAGGUGUUUGUGGGCAAUGACUCUGGUCGAGUGAAACCACAUGGAUUUUAUCAGGCCUGCAGGGUAACUGGGCGAAAUACAACUCCCUGCAAAGAAGUGGAUAUCGAAGGCACUACUGUUAUAGAAGUUGGCCUUGAUCCAAGCAACAAUAUGACACUGGCGGUUGACUGCGUAGGGAUAUUGAAAUUGAGGAAUGCUGAUGUUGAAGCCAGAAUAGGAAUUGCUGGUUCCAAGAAAAAGAGCACUCGUGCCAGAUUGGUUUUUCGAGUUAAUAUCACAAGGAAAGAUGGCUCCACUUUGACACUGCAAACACCCUCUUCUCCAAUUUUAUGUACUCAACCAGCAGGAGUGCCAGAAAUCUUAAAGAAGAGCUUGCAUAGCUGUUCGGUGAAAGGAGAGGAAGAAGUAUUUUUAAUUGGCAAGAACUUUCUGAAAGGAACUAAAGUUAUUUUCCAAGAAAAUGUUUCUGAUGAAAACUCUUGGAAGUCAGAAGCUGAAAUUGAUAUGGAAUUAUUUCAUCAGAAUCAUCUUAUUGUGAAGGUUCCCCCAUAUCAUGAUCAACAUAUAACUUUGCCAGUAGCAGUGGGAAUAUAUGUAGUAACCAAUGCUGGAAGAUCUCAUGAUGUUCAGCCUUUCACUUACACUCCAGACCCAGCAGCUGUUGCUUUGAACGUGAAUGUAAAGAAGGAAAUAUCUAGUCCGGCAAGACCUUGCUCUUUCGAAGAAGCCAUGAAAGCAAUGAAAACUACUGGAUGUAACUUAGAUAAGGUAAAUAUGCUUCCUAAUGCUCUGAUCACUCCGCUCAUAUCAAGCACUAUGAUUAAGAGUGAAGACAUUACUCCAAUGGAAGUAACAGCAGAGAAAAGAUCGCCUUCUAUUUUUAAGACUACAAAGACAGUUGGAUCAACUCAACAAACGUUAGAAAACAUCUCUCACAUAGCAGGAAAUGGGUCUUUUUCAUCAUCAUCUUCCCACUUAACUUCUGAAAAUGAAAAGCAACAACAGAUUCAGCCCAAGGCAUACAACCCAGAGACCCUGACAACUAUCCAAACACAGGACAUUUCACAGCCUGGUACUUUUCCAGCAGUUUCUGCGUCUAGUCAGCUGCCCAGCAAUGAUGCACUACUACAGCAGGCUACACAGUUUCAAACAAGAGAAACUCAGUCUAGAGAGGUGUUACAGUCAGAUGGUACAGUGGUUAACUUGUCACACCUGACUGAGACAUCACAGCAACAGCAGCAGUCUCCACUGCAAGAACAAGCACAGACUUUACAGCAGCAGAUUUCAUCAAAUAUUUUCCCAUCACCAAAUAGUGUGAGUCAGCAACUACAAAAUACGAUACAACACUUGCAGGCAGGGAGUUUUACAGGCAGUACUGCCACUGGCAGCAAUGGAAAUGUUGACUUGGUCCAACAAGUUUUAGAGGCACAACAACAGUUAUCUUCAGUUUUAUUUUCUGCUCCAGAUGGUAACGAGAAUGUUCAAGAACAGCUUAGUGCAGACAUUUUUCAACAAGUCAGUCAAAUUCAAAAUAGCGUAAGCCCUGGAAUGUUUUCCUCAACAGAACCAGCAGUCCAUACCAGACCAGAUAAUUUAAUAGCUGGAAGAGCUGAAAGUGUUCACCCACAGAAUGAAAACACAUUGUCUAAUCAGCAACAGCAACAGCAGCAACAGCAAGUGAUGGACUCCUCAGCUGCAAUGGUGAUGGAGAUGCAACAGAGUAUCUGCCAGGCAGCUGCCCAGAUUCAGUCAGAGCUGUUUCCUUCAUCUGCUUCAGCAAAUGGAAACCUUCAGCAGUCUCCAGUUUACCAGCAGACUUCUCAUAUGAUGAGCGCGUUAUCAGCCAAUGAGGACAUGCAAAUGCAAUGUGAAUUGUUUUCUUCUCCUCCGGCAGUUUCUGGAAAUGAAACUACUACAACUACCACACAGCAGGUUGCAACUUCUGGCAGUACCCUGUUUCAGACAUCAAAUUCAGGAGAUGGAGAAGAGACUGGAGCACAAGCAAAACAGAUUCAGAACAGUGUCUUUCAGACCAUGGUCCAAAUGCAACAUAGUGGGGACAGUCAGCCUCAAGUUGGCCUUUUUUCAUCUACAAAAAGUAUGAUAAGUGUUCAAAAUAGUGGUACCCAGCAGCAAGGCAAUGGUUUAUUCCAGCAAGGUAAUGAGAUGAUGUCACUUCAAUCAGGGAAUUUUUUGCAGCAGUCUUCUCAUUCACAGGCUCAGCUUUUUCAUCCUCAGAAUCCUAUUGCUGAUGCUCAGAACCUUUCCCAGGAAACUCAAGGUUCUAUUUUUCAUAAUCCAAGUCCUAUUGUCCACAGUCAGACUUCUACAGCCUCCUCUGAACAAAUGCAGCCUCCAAUGUUUCACUCUCAAAAUACCAUGGCUGUGCUGCAGGGCUCUUCUGUUGCUCAAGACCAACAGUCAGCCAACAUAUUUCUUUCCCAAAGUCCAAUGAAUAAUCUCCAAACCAACACAGUGACCCAAGAAGAACAGAUUUCAUUUUUUGCAGCUCAGAAUUCAAUUUCUCCACUUCAGUCAACAUCAAACACUGAGCAGCAAGCUGCUUUCCAGCAGCAGGCUCCAAUAUCACACAUUCAGACCCCUAUGCUUUCCCAGGAACAGGCACAACCCUCCCAGCAAGGUCUGUUUCAGCCUCAGGUUUCCCUGGGCUCCCUUCCUCCUAACCCAAUGUCUCAAAACCAACAAGGAACAAUCUUUCAGUCACAGCACUCAAUAGUUGCCAUCCAGAGUAACUCUCCAUCCCAGGAGCAGCAGCAGCAGCAGCAACAGCAGCAGCAACAACAGAGCAUUUUAUUCAGUAACCAGAACGCCAUGGCACCGAUGGCGUCUCAAAAGCAGCCACCACCAAACAUGAUAUUCAAUCCAAGUCAAAAUCCAGUGCCGAAUCAGGAGCAGCAGAACCAAUCAAUUUUCCAUCAACAAAAUAAUAUGGCCCCAAUGAAUCAAGAGCAGCAGCCCAUGCAAUUUCAGAACCAGACCACGGUUUCCGCACUUCAGAACCCAGGUCCUGCCCAAUCCGAAUCAUCACAGACCUCCUUGUUCCAUAGCUCGCCUCAGAUUCAGUUGGUCCAAGGGUCACCCAGUUCUCAAGAGCAGCAAGUAACACUCUUCCUCUCUCCAGCAUCCAUGUCUGCAUUGCAGACCAGUAUGAACCAACAAGACAUGCAACAGUCUCCCCUUUAUUCCCCUCAGAACAACAUGCCUGGAAUCCAGGGAGCCACAUCUUCACCUCAACCACAGGCUACUUUAUUUCACAACACUACAGGAGGUACAAUGAACCAGCUACAGAAUUCUCCUGGCUCUUCUCAACAGACAUCUGGAAUGUUCUUAUUUGGCAUUCAAAAUAACUGUAGUCAGCUUUUAACUUCUGGACCAGCUACAUUGCCAGAUCAGUUGAUGGCCAUAAGUCCACCAGGCCAGCCACAAAACGAGGGCCAACCACCUGUGACAACACUUCUUUCUCAGCAAAUGCCAGAGAAUUCUCCAAUGGCAUCCUCUAUAAACACCAACCAGAACAUUGAAAAGAUUGAUUUGCUUGUUUCAUUGCAAAACCAAGGGAACAACUUAACUGGCUCCUUUUAACUGGAUAUAAAUUCCAUGAAGAAAAUCCUGAUUUCAAGAUAUCCUGACAUCUUGUGAUUCCAUGAGGAUUAUCGAACUGUUACUUUAAAAAGAAAACAAAAUAUGAAAAACUGUGAUUGAGUAAAUGGAUAGAUUUUACUCUGGCUGCAAAAGAGCACACCUUGGCUACCUAUUGCAGUGAUUAACCACCAUUGUUAACAUCUUUAUAUUUUAUGUUCCUAAUAACAGUGAUGACUGAGAAUCUAUUUGAGUUUCCAGCUGACAGAAUUAAUUAUUGCUAUUUCUGUAGACACUCUUUCUUUAAAAGUACAGUUUAAGUUGACAAGCUGGAUCACUCAGUUAUUAUUGCUAUUAGAAAAUAAUUCAUGUUUCAUGUUUACUUUUGUUCGUUUGUAUUUUCUUUUCUGCAUUGUUUAGUCAAGUAGUGGCUUAUGAAAAAGAGUUCAAAUAAUAACUAAGGCUGUGAUUUUUCAGUAUGAAAAGCACAGCUAUUGUCUAUAGUGAAGGAAUCUUUUCUCAGUUUUUAUGGAGAAACUGAAGGGAUAACAUUCUGACAAGUAGGCUGUAUUAAGAGCUCUGCACAGAUAAGAGGCCUCUAUUUAUCACAGACAACACACUUACAAACAGGGAACAGCUGGAAUGCUAUUGAUUUUAUUUUUCAGAGAGUCAUUAAUUCUCUUAUGUUUCUGUUAAGGGUUUUAGUCAUAACUGUGCAUAGAAAAAGAAAUACCUUGCUUUAUUAAAAAAAUGAAGGGGAUGAUGUAUGGUAAAUUAUGUUCUGAUAGCCUCCUACAGUAGUUAAAACUGACAGUAAUUUGAGUCUUUUCUUCUUAUCCCAGUCUUGGACUGGUAUUCCCUUUUUAUGUUCAUCUAUGUUUUUCUUCCCCUCUUCACUUUAUUUUAGACAGUUAGUAAUAUGCUACUAGCUUUGUGACCCUGUAGUAUGUUAAAUAAAAAGACCAUGUUGAUCUAGGGUUACCCAGCAACUCCUGCAGCACAGGCAGGGGGUUACCCUUUCAGGAAUAAGGGGAACUGACUCCUGAGAAAUAAACAAUGCAUUUUUUUCCCAUGAACGGUGCUGUUCUGAAGUCUUCAAAUUUUUCCCUCUUAUAGGAAGCAGUGUAAAUGUUAAUUAAAAAAGAGAGAAACUAAAAUUUCUUGAAACAUCACUUCUCCCUGAGCUGUAGUGAGUGUAAUUCACUUGUCACCUCAGUGCUUUACAGUUUGAAGUGGUCAUUUACCUGAUGGUUCCCACAAGCCUUAGGCUUUACAGGGUCAUAUCAUUGACUUAAAGUGAAGAAUUUAUUUGUGUUACAUCUAUAGAGAGCAAAAUAACACACUCCAGAACUUGCAGUUGUAGUAUUAGUUAUACAGAUUUGGGUGUUCUCACCACCCAUGGGAUGCCUGCUUCUCACUACAACCUGUUGUCUGGAAAUAUGCUUACGUCUUAUUCUCCUUUUGGCAUGUAGAAAGCUGUUAAUACAGUUUAAGGCCAAAUUGUGUGUGGCUUCUAUAUGUAGAUAAGAUGUUUUGGCAUUCUUGUCCGUUUCAUUUAUUUUUUUAAAUGUGCAAAAAAUAGCCUGUUAAUUGUUCAUUCAAGGCUACAUUUCUGUUUUUUGUUUUUGUCUUUUCUAUCCUAUACACUUAGUUGAACUUUGUGGAAUUGUGGUGUUGGUUUUGUUUAUACAGCCGGAUUUUUCCCCCUUUUUGUGAUGGUCUUCCUUGGUUCUUUGAAUGUACUCUUCUUUAACUUGUUUUUUUCUCUUUGGUCUCAUUUAUCCUUCCCUCCACCCCCAACCCUUUCUUUCUUUCUCUCUCUGAUUGAGAGGCAUUGAAUUAUGUUUUCAGUAGUACAGGCUUCUUGCCGAUAUGAAGGGAACUUUUCAGAAAGAGACCCACUCUGGGUCAUUUAAUUUUGAAUACAGUUUUCAAUCGUUCAAGUUUUGGAUGGUUUAUAUCUAAUGUGUGUUUCAUUUUUUUGGAAAGCUAUAUUUUGUAUUUAGGAAAUGGUAUACUAUUUUGCUAUUUGUACUGAGUGAGUACAUUGGCAUAAAUAUAGAAAUUUAUAUAUAUACAUAUAUAUAAACUAUUCUUUUUUUGCCACACAUUUUUGUGGUAAAUUUGUGAGUUUGUCUGAUGUUCUACCACAACGUGGCGUCUGAUAAAAGUGAGGGGGGGGGUUUGUUAUGUCUUUAUUGAGUAUUUAAGUAUCUUUUGAAACAAAUGACCUGUUCAUCUGUGGCCAUUCCAUCAGGCAGUUCCUUGAUGUGAUUAGUGGGCUAAAGUCAGCUUACUGUGUGUUCGCUGGAUCUUACACACUCAGCAAAAUGUUCAAGUAAGGAAACCCAUCUAGGCAGUUGUGUCAAAUGGUGUUUCACAAGAAUGAGCCAUCCAGUCUUUGCUCACUAUAUAUUUAAUAUUUUAUUAUUGUUGUUAUUGUUAUUAUUAAUUGGCUUUCUGUAUUCUAUGCCUUUUAUUUAUAAAGACACUAAAAAAAACAUGUUUGUAAUUUUAAUAACAUUUCCCCCAUCUUGUAAUAUCCAGAGCUACUUUAUAAAUUCUCUAAACCAAAAGCAUUUUCAUAUAUAUAUAUAUAUAUAUAUAUAUAUAUAUCUCUCUCCCCACCCCAUCAGGAAAAAUUACCCAGUAUAGUUCAGGUUAUGAGAAGGACCAGCCACACAAUCCAGUGCUUCAGUUUUAAAAUGGAUAACUAAUUACAGAGGAUUGACUGAUGUUAGAAAGCUUAUCCAGUGGUAUAAAAAUAAGUAGAAAUAAAAUGCUAUAAGUUUAUUUCUGAGUUUUCUGAAUUUUUUCCCAAGAGAUUACACAGGAGACUCAGGAAAGUCUGUUUGUUCAUCAAGUUCCACUGUUAACACUGCUCUAUGGAUGAAGUGGUGGCAAGAAGACUGGCUUGUGUGCUGACUUCUGUUAUUUAGCAAGAAGUUUAUCAUUGUAAAAUGCUGAUUGCCAAUGCCAAGUCACCAGGGACCAAUUUUGUGUUUUGUACUAUCUCAGUUUAGAACAGAACAUACACCUGAACUGUAGUGGUUUGAUUGGAUGGAGGCAGAAAACCCAACUUUUAUUUUCAUAAAUUUUGUGGUUAUUUGUACAAGGGCUGUGCUAAGAUACCAUAUUCUUAAUUCAGUAAUGAUUUUUUUUUAACAUUGUUAAAUGUUCCUUACCGCUAAAAGGUCAAUGUUAAGUACAGCAUUCAGAACAUAUUUGGUUAAAAAAAGUAUUUGUCUUCUUAUUGAAGAGCUAGCUUAGUUGUCAGUGGUUGAUACUUGUGCUAAUAAUACAGAUUCAAGAUUACUGUUACAAGUUACAUCUAUAUAUGAGAGCGAUUCCAAGAACCAGCAGAGUCCUUGGAAACAACAAUUUAUUAAAUUUACUUAUGGCAGAAGGACUUAAGUGAACUAUAAACCACACUUUAUUCCUUUAUAAUAUUACAUUCAAUUGUUCUUGCCUUUAGGAACUCACAUGAAUGCUUGGAGCUUAUCUGUAUGUCUGCAUGUGUGUGUGUAUGUGUGUGUUUGUCCUUUAUUCCUUAUUGUCAUUCCAUUAUAUAUCUACACCAACAUGGGAGAAGUUGUAUACAACAAUUAAAAGUUGUGUUUUGCUUCUUAGCUUUAUCUUGUUACCUUUGUAAUUAGAGUAUUAUGUUGUUAUUUAACCAAUGCAAAUCUGUUUUCGCCAGUCUCCCUAGAACAGGUUUUAAAGGGCUUUGUUUAUAAUAGAAGCAGUAUUAUGAGGGACCUUCCUUCCUUUCUUUUUUGUAACAUUGUUUAUGCUGUAGUUGGGUGUUUCAUUACAGUGCAUUUCUUGCCCAUCAGAACCUCAGUUAAUCCACCUAGGAAAAACUGUGUCAAAGGGAAUGAGAAAGAAACUAUAUCUAAGUCCUCCUUAGAACUAAGAGAAUAAUCCCUUUUGACCAUUUAAACCAUUACAAAUGCUUAUUUUGGAAAAGUAUAACCUGUUUAGAUGCAUCAGCAAUUAUAGACCAGAAAUUAAAUGCUUAAAUUAAAAUUAAUCAAAGCCUCAAAAUUAAAUAUGGUUUUAUAAACGCUCACUGGGAGUACUUGAGAAUUUUUUCAUCUUUCUGGUAAGAAUUUCUGUUUUAGUAUUUGUUUCCUAGUUGAUUAUUUUCUAACUAAUUGAAAAUUAUAUUAGACCUAUUAGCUUCUGACCAUUCUGCUUUAUGACCACAGGCUUCUUCCCUUAGACAGACAGCUAUGUUAUAUCUGCAUGCCUUCGUUUUGUGGAAGGACUUAAUAAAAAAGAGAGUGUAUAGUUCAGUGGCUUUAUUAGAAAAAUGACUCGGAAUACAUAUACCCCAGUGAAUGGGGUAGUAUAAUCUCAUAACAUGUAUUAAAAAGAGGUUUUCCUAUCUGCUUAUUUGUCACUAGAGCUAAAUAGUGAAGAUGAUGUUCAUAAUGUAGUAAAUACCAGAAUAAUACCUAAAAUAUCAUUUGUGAUUUGUCCCAGCAUUCUAAUUACUUCUUUAAUCCCCCUUUGUUUUUGUGUCAUUCUAGCCUCAUUUAUUAAUAUAAAUCUAUUUUUACUCCACUUUCUCUUUUAGGACAUUUUUUAAAUUAAUAUUUUAUAUCUAGAUUAAAUGCUUAUGGAAAAGUGCCUUUUUACCAUGAUAGUGCCCCUUUCUUAUAAUUUCAUUUUUCAUUGUUGCCAAAAACGCAUAGGCAAAUGACUUUAAUAGUCUCGGCUUUCAUUUUUUCUUUCUGGUAAUUCUUUUCUCCAUUUCCUGAUCACCAUAGAAAAGUUUCAAACCUUCCUAACGCCCAUUGGCAGAAGAGGAACAGAAAAGACAUAUAGCUAGGAUUGUUUCUUUGAAAGAGGAUAAGUAAAAGAUCCUUUUAGACUUUAUAUAAAUUAGAUAAAUUUGUCUUCAUCCUGACCAACUGGCAAAAAUUUUACUAUAUGUGAGACUAUGGCUCAAAUGGGUAUGGUUAACUUUCAGAAAGGAAGUUGAAGCACCUGCUCUGCUCUUAAUUAUAAGAUGGAUGAAAAUAAAUCAAUAACACAUAGUUUAGGUAAAGCUUGGUAAUGUCAAUUUUUCUAAUGAUAGUCAAAUAAUUCAUUGUUUUGUGCCUCUUGCCCAUCAGAACCUUAGUAAUCUGCACAUGAAAAAUAGUUGCAAAAGAAAUGAAGUUAUAUCUGAGUCCCCCAGAACUAAAAUAAUUCCUUGCAGCCAGAUAGAGUUGGAUAGGGUGUCCCUCUGUUUUGCUUUGUUUUGUUAAUUUUGCCUAUGUUCCAGCUCCUCACCAUAGUGGUGGUGCCUAAAGAAAGGGCCAUCAGCAGCAAACAGGUCAGGAUAGUAGUGACUUAGAGAUAGAGCUGCUUUCCCUAUGUGAGUAUUUCCAUGACUGUUGGUGGCUCUAAAGACUGCAGAUCUUUAUGCAAUAUUCUCAAUACCCUAAUGAUAUUAUGCACUUUAAUCAUUCCAAAGAAGUAAAAAAUGCUGUAUAGUGAUGAUUCCUUUUGAUGAAUACAUUUUAACUGCUUAGAAUAUUUAUGUCCCUUUUUAUUUUGGAUAGCCAACUUGGUAUGUUAUGGGAAUAUUCUCUAAAAUGACUGUAUAGUAGGACUUACUAAGGCUUUGAGAUGUAACUGACUAUAAGGGGAAAUGAUUACACUUCAGAAAAUCAUUUUAGAAACAUUAAAAUGUUCAGCUUGCUAAUCUAUGUGUUCGAGAGUUAAUUAACCAGCUUUCUUCCUAUAUUUUUUUUCAUAUUAAUAACAUAGUAUAUAGUUUUCUACAUGUAUGUAUAAACCAUUGGUUCUCAAAAUGUGGUCCUCAGCGCACCAGCCAAUGUCUGUAUCACCUGGAAACUAGUUAAAAAUAACAAAAUCUUGGGCCUUAUUCCAGACACAGUGAAUCAGAAACUCUGGAGUGGGACUCAGCAAUCUCUGUUUUUAACAAGCCUUCUGUUAAAGGUGAUUCUGAUCCAUGCCAAAGUUUGAGAACCACUGGUUUAUAGUGUAUACAGUAAAAUGUAUUAAUAGAAAGGGCUUUUUUCCCACUCACACAGUUAUACAUUGUUCUAAAUGUAAAUUCAGUUUAACCUGGUUAUCUAUAAUCAUUUACUGGUAAUGAUAAUUUAUUCUCAGUACUACCUAUAGAAAUAUAUUUUAUGUACAUAUACAAUUAGUCCAGUUAUUGAAAAUUCAGUUAACUUAGUUUGGUGUAUUCCUACCACAUACUAAAAAGUUUACAUUAAAUGACUGAUUUAAAUAUAUAGGUGCAAUGGUCUAUAUUUUUUAUUUUAACUAUGGUGACAUUUAAGUAGCUAAUAUAAUUGACGGGUGCUAAAGUCUCCUGUUUAUCCAUAAAAUGGGUACAUUGUGGGCAGUGAUAAUACAAGCUUCAUUUUCAUUGCCUCUUACCUUACUAGCAGACGACAGUUUUGUCCUGGCUAGACCAACUCUCAGAACAAAAUUAUUUGUCAUUCCUUAUAUUUACAUUUGUAUCUGAGCUAUUAAACAACAUGGCUAGCCAGGUCAACAAAGCACCUUAUUUAAUUUCUUUUUUUAAUAGAUAAAUCUUCUUUUAAAAUAGCUUGCUUUAUAUGAAAACUGACGCACUGGAAAUAUAACUACCCUUGGUUGGAACUUAUGGUUCAGAUGAGAUGUUAAGCAAGACACUGUAUUAUUUGGUUUAGGCAUUUCUCCCUUUCCAAUUAUAUGCAACUAACCAUAAGAUAAAUAGAUUUAUUUAUACAUUUUAAUCUCUCUCUAUAAUUCAGUACCUCCAUAAUUGCUGGUGUUUACAAAUCACCAGUUACUAAAUUCAUGAAAGAAAAAUGCACAUUUCAAAAUAAAAAUCACCACUGCUGUGUUUGCUUAAUAGUAGCAGUGGAAAUGUAAGUGGCUUACUCUACAAACUUCGGUGCUGGAAAUACAUAGGCAAACUGUUGGGAGAUGCUCUAGCUACAUUCCUGCUUUCUUGUUCCUGUUACCAUCUUUACCACCUUAUCGCAUACUAUAUUCUUAUUACGUAAGGCAUUCUACCAUACCACAAUAUUAUUCAACUCCAACUUGUAUUAUUUUCUUUAAAAGUUCUGUGUUUAACCGUAUUACCAUGCUUUCUUUUCCCAGAAUUAAUUUGCCUAAUUUGAGAUAGUUUGUAUAACUAUUAUUAUUUUAGCUAAUGAGCCUCAGGACAGCACACACAAACACACACACAUGUACACAAACAUGCCUUCUCAGAUGUUGGAGAGUGACUUUGGAAUCAGAUUAAAGAACUGUCCUGCACAGAAGUGUUUAUGACUUUCAGUGACAAACUGACUCCAGUGACAUUGAGCUAAUUUCUUUUGAUCUAAUGAAUGUAUCUGCUUCACCUUGUUCCCUUACUUUGAAUUGAUAAGCUCCAAGUAUUUGUUACUUUUUUGGGAUACUUUUUACUGAGUUCAUUCAUUUGUUUUACUUAGUCUUUUAAUAAGUAUAGUACAGUUAUUUCAUUAACCUGUUCUCAAGUGGUUUAGCUACCAUUCUGCCAUUUAAGUUUUUUAUUUAAUUUUAUUUGCUUGAGUACACUGAUCAACCACUGAGCUGCCUUCUUCCAUUGUCCUGCAAUGAUAUAAGGGUUACAUUUUUGUGUAUAUGGCUUUCAUAGUUGGUAUUUCAGAGCACUGACACCAGAUACUUCAGUUUAUUCUCUGGGGGAACUUCAUUUGCAUCUAUGUUUUUAGCUAUCUGUGAUAACUUGUUAAAUAUUAAAAAGAUAUUUUGCUUCUAUUGGAACAUUUGUAUACUCGCAACUAUAUUUCUGUAAACAGCUGCAGUCAAAAAUAAAACAUUGAAAGUUUUCA